CGAAGCUGCUAAAACGCCCGGAGAGGCAGUGCCGGGACCCCUGCAGCGCGGAUGGUCGCCCAUUGGCUUGGUGCUUAGAUGCAGGUUGCUGACCCAAUUGCUUCAGCCCUGAAAACUCUCUCGACUGUGAUGAGAAAGCUAAAGAGGUGAUACAGCUUGGGGGAGCUAAAUAUGAAGGAGUGGCGCUCAAGUUUGUGUUUUCGUUUCUGGACUUUAUAUCUUGGCUUGUUUUCUUUUUAUUUGUGGUGUGGUUUGACACUUCUCAACACUGUUGGUCUCCGACUUUUGGCGGCGAUUUUCGAAUCUUUGUGUAACUUACACACAUCCUCAGUCCUGCAUUCUUCGACAUACUCUUAACAUUUACAACUCUCAACAUACGAAAAUGUACGAACUUGAGAAAUAUUGGAUCGCUCACGGGGCCAUGGUCUUCAUUGGAGCAUGGAUUCCCUCUGUCGUUCUAUUCUUCUGCAGUUUCUGUCUCGUCCGCCGUAAGAGGGAUCCUGCGAGAACUGCUUUCACGUAUCUCAAGUUGGCUCUUUUGGUGUUCUCAGGCUAUGCCUUCUUCGAAUUCGCCUCAUACGUCGUCUCAGUCGUUCACUCCCAAUUAUACUACGGCGGGAGAAUCGACAGUGACUUUGACUCGCACUACUCGAAAACCCUGCUCGUCACCGUGCAGGUCCUCGCUACCCUUGCGCUCAUUUACGAUAUGGUCACCGAUAUUCUCAUCAUGAUCAUUCUCCUCCGUCUCGGCACCGGUAUCGUCAUGGUUCAGACAGGCCGCCCCGACCCCAAGGGCAAGAUCCUUCGCCUUGUCUCAUACAUCGCAGCAGCUAUCCUAUUUAUUCUCGCUUUGACCGCCUUCGGUCUUCGAAUUAGAUAUGUGUAUGAAGUUUUCUUCAACGAUGUUCGCGUUGGUGCGGAUAGCUACACCAAAUCUCGACAGAUUGCUUUCUCUUUCAGUGUUUUGGUCUUUGUCAUUUCUCUUGCCAUUGUUGCGCGGGCAAUUAUGAUCAAGGUUCAAUCAAAGGGCGAGAAUGCUCUUACUUGGUGCUCAAACAUGUUCAUCGCCGCCUCCGUUGUUUGGCUCAUGCGCACAACGUUCAAUAUGGCGUCGACAGCUGCUUGGACCAAUCUGAGCAGUGCGUACCACGAUCGUGAGUACAAGUACGCUUACUACAUCCUCGAAGUCGUCUUUGGAAUUUGGCCUCAAUUCGUUGUCCUCUGCUUGGUUUUCGCUAUUGGUCGUGCUAGGAACAAUGGUAUUUGGUCGAAGCAGGAGCAGGAGCCUGUGAAGGGUGUUGAGGCUGGGGAGCGUACGGCUUGGGGUUAUGGACAGGUUGCUCCUCAGGCGCAGAAUGCUGUACCUAUGCCUCAGCAGCAGCAUUACCCGCAGCCUGAACAGCAGCAUCUGGCUCAGGGGUAUGGUCCUCAGCAACAAAUGCCCCAGCAGCAAAACGGCUACUAUGCACCACAACAACCUCAAUAUGCGGCGUAUGAUGCUAUAUCUCCCGUGUCUCAGCCCAGAUCACCGCCUCCUCAUGAGGAGAUAGUGGGCUUGAACCACCAGGCUGACGGUACUCCUCCCCAGGUACCAGCUCAGCCUUACCCGGAGAAGCAUUAGGCGUACUGGGACAGAUAAUGAAUCGCUUUAUGACGGAGAAUGGGCGUGAAUGAAUUUGGACAACUGCAACAGAUAUGAUACCACCCUUCUAUACUUUAUGAUAUUCAGUACAUCUCAAAUCUACCACAUCAACAGAAUGUCUAAAAUCUCGUGAAAUCGUCUAGUCCACAUCUGAGAACUCAGCUGGAGCAACGAAUGGGCCAUCUUCACCCAUGGUACCCGUUACGUAUCUUGUUAAGUUAGUACAAAAAUCCCACGUGAACAAUUGAUGGCUAGACUCACUUUGUAUGGCUUCCUCGCGCAGCUAGUUGUCCCUUGCUAUUGGUGAAUGUCACCUGCGUGAAAGCAAGUGUCUUGCCAAUCUUGUCGAGAGUGGCAGUGCCCUUGAGGACGUCUCCUGGGCGGCCUCCGGGGCUCAGAUAUGUCACUGCCAAGUCAGCAAAGUCGUACGUGAUUGAGAGAGCUACGUACCGUUCAGAUCGGUUGAUACGCCUGUUGCAAAGCGGCCUGACGAGGCGACUGCGAGUGAGCCACCAAGAUCGACGAGACUGGCAAGUGUACCACCAUGGAGCGUUUGAAGGCGGUUCUGGAUGAGAUUAGUGAGAGCUCAUUUGUGAUGAGGUGAGAAACGAACGGUGUGUUCUUUUUGGAUGUCAAGCUCGAAGUCGACUCUGCCUUCUGUCGCGCUAAUGACACGGAACUGCACCACGUCAAUACACAUCUCAGAUUCAUUGUUCCGGUGUCUAUACAUGUUUUCCUAGAAGACUAAAGACAACGGAGUCAGUAUCGGGAUCUUAUCACGGAAUGCCGGGUCUCCAUCGGUGGCUUGGGGUACAUACCGAGGCUCAAGACCAGAGUCUGCCAUGAAGGAGCGCACGACCUGGAACACAAUCACGAGUUAAUUGCCAAGCUUUGAGAAAGACGUGAGUCGUAUGAGUUGCAAUUGGCUGUGCAAUGCAUGCGCCUCGAGGUGCCUUGGGUGUACGCACCGCCUGUGUGAAUUUCGUAGGAUUGAGCUUUCUUGACAUUGUGACGGGCGAGAUGAAGCAAUCUGCGUCGGAUCUUUCAGUGUCUGAGAUAUGAGGUCCAAUAAAUGAAGGGUACUAUCACGCCUGUCGUGUAGUAUGAGAGAUGUUGAGAGAAGCUCGAGAUAUGGGAACGGAGUUCGAGAUGGAUUAACCGAGUUCCGGGGUAAUGAUUGACCCCCGCCAACGGAACGGCCCCACCAUCCAAAUUGACGUAAUCAGGCUUCACGAUGACCUCCCUCACACUCCGAGCGGGUAUCUGCCUUCUAAAUGCAUUUGAAUGGAAGGAUGUAGGAAGGCUUUGAAGUCAGGGCGCUCUCAAACUUCACAUCUGAGGUGGUUGUCUUGUCCCCGCCUGCACAAGCUUCCUCUGCCUCCAGAACGUUCGACUUCAGUCAGUCAACUCCCCGCCGACGUCGCUCGGAGGCGCGACGUUCAAGAGAGGACGUGGAGAUAUGAAUCCGAUUUCAUCAUUCAGUAGCCAUCACUCUCUAAGUAGAGUACUCAGAUGGACAGGUUGCUUCACUCUGGAAGUUGUUAUCAAAUUUCAGGCUUUCAUUCGGUUAAUACACUCUUUUCUGAUUCCCGUAUCCAUUUGGGGUUUUAUGGGCUUCUUUAUAGAGUACUGAUUUGUUGAGCACAAGUUUCGAGGGGAGAACCGGAGUGACAGAGCAAUAGUCUGUUAGUUUCAAUUUGGGUAUCUGUCAAUCUGAUCUGUGCUAAUUGGGGGGAGUAUCGUCUAGUAUCAUCAAUCUCAUCUCUCAUAUCCGUACGCCAUUUUCACCAUGCAGAUUCCUGCCCAGAUGUCCCAUACGCCAUUGCCAAUAUCCUCCAUGUAAGCAGUCUCCAGUUUGAUCCAGCUUCAACUCCAGUACGAAACCCCAAAAUGUUCUUCCCAUGUACGCCAUGACAUCUUCACUCCAUUUCGUCGUCUCCCAAGAGCUCCGCGAGGUCAUUGUAGGAAUCAUCAUCGUCCUCCUCAACGUCCUCCAUGUCGUCGUCCUCUCCAUCGCUACCCUGGUCGCUGUCAGGCUCCGAGUUGGCAUCCUUAUCUGCUGCCACUUGUUGCUGCC